CUCCACUUAACAAGAACGGGAAAGCUUUGAGCCUUGGAAAAUGAACGAAAAAGGCCAAGACACCAAAGGACAGGACGGCCCGGAGGUUUAUUACCCUCAGGCCGGCCUCGAAGUUGUGCCAAAGCAAGACCAGAAAUGGGCGCACCAUUACGUAGAGCCAGUUCAUCUUGCGCCGCAGACGCCACAGACACCGCAAUAUCCGCCGCAAUAUCCGCCGCAAUAUCCACCGCAGUACCCUCAAAACGACAAAGAAGCAUUACCACCGGCAGGAAAACCUUCAAAAUUACAAUCAAAGCGGAAACUUCUGAGUAUAAUUGCCCUAGUUGUUCUGAUCAUUAUCGUCGCUGUGAUCGGGGGUGCUCUUGGAGGGACUCUCCAUCAUGUGAAAAAGAAGGCCAGUGAAGCAGCAAGCUCCGCAUCCGCAACGGCGUCUCCUUCCGCUACAUCUUCACCGGCGUCAACUGCGACUCCAUCGCCGACGACAAAGCCCCGUGGUAUCCGAGAGAACUCACCUCUUGCAGUCACUGGAUGGGUCACUGGCGAUGAAUAUUCUAUCCGCACCAUCUUCCAGAGCGACGAUGACAUGAUUCAAUACUCAGCAUUUGAAUCCACAAACAACGCUUGGAAACAGACUUCGAACAUUACGAAAGCAAAGGCCGGAACGCCAUUUGCUUUCACCUCGUUUGACAAGAAAUGGUACGGGAAUGAUGAGUCAGUCAUGCAACAGGAGCUGUUCUAUUUAGACUCAAAGAGCCAAAUCAGCGAAUGGAACUGGGACUCCACAACCAUCUCGGGGAGUAGCGGCAGUUUAACCGCCUAUACAGUCGCCACAGGCUCCGACUCACAUCUAGCAUCGUACUGGCCUUUCAUCAUCUAUCAAGAUGCUGGGCUGAACCUUCACGAGAUUGUUUACGACUGCACAUACCCUGGAUGCUGGAGUAACCGCUCCUUGAACAUUUCGGCCGCAGAUGGGAGCAAUAUCGCCUUUCUACCUGAUGAGCAAAAUCUGCAGGAGAUGAACCUGAUCUACGAGCGAGAUGACCACAAGAUGAUGAGCCUUGCCCGCAACACAACCUCAGGAUCAUUCAACACCGCCUCUGCCUUCAGCGUCUCCCUCCCCACAGACGCCUCCAUCGCUGCCCUUUCUGUAGUCCGUCCCUCUUCCUCCAACACCGCGCUAAACACGUACAUCCUUUAUCAGGAUAGCGACGGGACCAUUCAAGUGAUAUGGAAAGACGAUAACUCAAGUUGGAAAGGUCCCUCUACGUUUCCAGCUUUCGCGAAUGCCGAUAACGGCACCAGCAUUGCGUGCAUGACCCAGGCAUCAUUUUUCGCGAAUGCGCCGUUGCAGGCAGACAGCCCGCUGAGCAGGUGCUACUUCCAGGCCGGUGGUGCGUUGAGAGAAGUCAGAUUAGACGGAACGGAUUGGGCAGUCGUGGGGGAUGUAGAUGUGGUGCCUUGAUGCUCUGAGUUUCGAAGCAUUUCAUUCGCGAUUCUUUCUAAGAGACUGCUCAGGAGUCCCAAGGGUACCGCCCACACAUUGGGGCGAAGCAGCUUAGCAUGUGAGCGACUGGCGGAAUCCGUUUAUUCUUUUUCCUAUGUCCCUCUUCGCGAUGGUUCCAUGAGAGAAGAUAGAGUCCGGGUGUUUGCAUAUCCGCGUUUGGCCAAUUUACUGCUGUAGUACUAUUUCAUAGUUACACUUUUAUUCUUCCCCGUAAUCAUACCUUUCUACCGGAGCGCACGACAUCACUAUGGGCAGGGCCCAGCUAGCAGAUAGCCUGGUGAUGAAAAAGAAGUCUGGUCUCUACUGC